UUGUGGGGGAAGAUGACAAAUAAACAAGUCUAACAUUCUAGAUUCUAUAGAUCCAGAGCAGCAAAAUGGAAAUAAUACAUUGAUGACCAAUGACAUCAUUAUAAAACUGUGAUUUGAAUGGCCACCGUUCAGUCUGGAAUUUUUGUUUUUCUUGACAAACAGUUUUAGGGACUUAACAGUUUGGGAAUAAUUUCUCAGUUAACAAGUGAAAACCGAACAAGCAGGACAGAAAAAAAUCUCAGGGCAAUUUUAAGGAAAGCCUAGUCAUUUUGAAUUUGAAUGUUUAUUUAAUAUUUACAAGAAUAAGAAUCAGUGGACAUUGUAUCUAGAAAACCUGUUGAACGGAAGGCUAUAAUUUGGACAUCUUAGACCCACUUAUUAUAUCAGAGAAUGGGCUCUGUUAUUAGUUCCAGUUCUAUCAGCUUUGGUUUACUACUUUGCUAUUUGACGACUGUGACAUCGAUGCAGAAUCAGGUCAAGCACUGCUAUGGAAAAUCCGCUCCCCUUUAUGGGGCUAAGAAAUGUUGCCAUAGUGCCCGUGAGUGGUACAUACCCUCACAAAGUUUGUGCUGCGGUGGGAAAAUUGAAAGACUGGAUGAUGUAACAAAACACGAAUGUUGUGGGGAUCGUAUCAUUAAUACAACCGAGAAGAUAUGCUGUGAUAACAUCGCACAUCCGAUUAUAGAUCCGGACUCUGGGAAGAGAAGGAACACAUGCUGCCCAGGAACUGGAAAUGUGUAUAAAUAUCGUACAGAUGUAUGCUGCAUGGACUCCAACAUGAAAUACACAUUAAGAAUCGCAAAACCCAAGGAGGACCUCCAAUGUUGCCUUGGUAACCCUUUUGAUAAAAACAACAGCAGUGCCACCUGUGAUUUCUCAACUGGUUUAGUGAGCAUAUGUGGGGAAAUACCAUUUGAUGCAAGAGAUGACAGCUGUUGUGCAGGUACCUUAAUAAAGGGCUACCCAUCUGGUGUUGCAAAUCGAGCUUGUUGUGGGAAAAAGAACUACAACACAGAUGAUGAGAAGUGCUGUAUUGAGCCCAAUGUUGAACCAUUUGAUAUACACAAGUCUAGAGAAUGUUGCGGAAACACCUCAUAUGAUCCGACAAGCCAGAUUUGUUGUAGAAGUCAGGUGUUUGAACGAGAAAAGUAUAAAAACUGUGCGACAGCUGUAAAGCUUGAAUUUGGUUGUGGUGGAAAAGUUCUCGGGCCGAAUGAAGAAUGUUGUAAGAAAAGUGGUGCUACUCUUCACUCUAAAACUGAAGUAUCAUACAAUAAAGCUACUGAACAAUGCUGUGGAGGGACUGUUGUUCCAAAAAGUGCCGAAUGUUGCGGAGGAGAACCAAUCAAAACUGAACAACGUGAUGAAUAUAUAUGCUGUAGAAAAUCUCACAAGACACGUCGUGACGGACCAGACCACGAUGCCUGUUGCAAGGCCUAUCACACUGAUAAAUAUGACAACGCUCCAAAAUAUACAUCUUACAAUUCAAAAACUAUGAUUUGCACAGAGGGCCAGCCAAUGCCAAAGAAUUCAAAAUAUCAGCAAUAUUGUGGUGGUACUCCGCUAAAACCAAACAAACUCUGCUGCAAUGGACAACAACAUAAUAAACGCUCAAGCACCAAAACUAAAUGCUGUGGCGUAAAAUCAUUCAACUAUGACUUUGAAAUGUGCUGCAAAGGACGUGUGGGCACCCAAAAAGAACACGUAUGCUGCUAUGAAGGACUAAAAAACAGAAACAAAUUAGACAAACAGUGUCAGAAGGUGGAGGAAACUCAGAAAUACUGCCAGGGGCGACCUUAUGAUGAUAGCACAUAUACAUGUGGCACUCAGGGAGAACUUUACAUGAUUAAGAAGAUCGAAGGUAUGAUCAUGGCGCAUAAUGCAGUCAUAAAGCCAAAACGAAAAUCACCAAGGUUGCCACAAUGUAAAUGGUGCAAGGAAAUAGCUGUGAAUGGUACAAAAUGGCAAAGGGCUUGGACUGAAGGAAUCUGUCUGAAGAAAUAUGUGGUUUCGGUCCAAAUAACUUCCCAAAUUUCUGGAACAAAUGUUGCAGCUAUGGCUAAUAUUAAAGACAAUGACAUUCGUAAAAGCAGGAGAAAGAACACCUACAGACCAGACUUUUUUCAAACUGCCAAUAGAGGCACUAUAUCAGUGAAAGCCAGCUCUUGUCAAUGUUCAGAUAUACUUGAACAAAAUCGGGAGCUGAUCAUUAUGACAGAUAACCUCAUAGAUCAAAAUGGAUCCCUUAAUCUCAGUGACAAUGAUAUAGUGAUCGAGAACAAAAGGAUCAUCCGGAAGAAAAUUAAACGAAAAAUGAGGCGAAGAGGAAAAGAAAGAUGCGAACGAGUAACAAGAAGAAGAGGAUGAACUUAGGCAUGUAGAAAUUAUUAGCAUUUCAGAAUGAAUGGUGCCUUAUAGUAAGAAUACUGUUGAUGAAAAUUUAAAUCAUUUAAAUCAUAUGCCCAGGAACAUAUGCAAUGCCCAGCCUCUGAUUGGACAAUCAAACUUCGAUACUGCUCUUAUAAUCAUAUUAUUCAUGUUCUUGGGCUUAUGAUUUUAAUGUCUAUAGACUCUGAGAUUAGAAUUGUAAAUUUGCAUAGAAAACUACUGAAAUUUCAGUAGAUAAAUAUGAUUUAAUUGUCACUAAGUUUGUAACUAUUUAAUUAUAGUUAUAUAUCAUUUUACCAAUGUCUAUGACAGGUUAAUUUCAAAUUUCAUAAAUCUAGUACAUAUACCUUGAUAAGCCUGGAUAAGCUACCGAUUGAAGUUAUGCUCAAUUACAAGAGGGAAAUAAAUUGCAGCAUUAAGUAAUGUGAUGAAUUUUAAAAAACAUUAUUACAUUAAAAUCAGCAUUUUAAAUUAAUACUAAUACAUUUAUAACUGAAUUUGAGAUAUUUGAAUUUGAAAUAUUUAAAAACAAUUGGCCUGGCUGGUUCCAGGGAAAGACUGAAUAUUAUACAGUACAUGUUUUGUGGUAAAUAGGACUCAAGGAAUAAGGUAACUUAUUUAUUUGCCAAAGUAAGAAAAUGUUUAGAAUAAUAGAAUAUACACAUGAGAAAAAUAGGACGUUUAGGACAAAAUCUUCACAGGUCAAAUUGAAAUAGAUUCAAUGGACAAUACAUGAACAUGUAUAUUUGUUUGUAAUGGUUCAAGCUAGAUCAUAUUGAAUUUUUUUAUAUUAUUAUACCAUAGACAGUUCUUCAAAUGUAGAACGUAUUGAACUCUCAACUUAAGAUUUUAUAAAAGUGUUUUAUUUUGUAUGGUUUGUCUUUAAUUGUGUUUGAUAGCAUUUUAUUGUAAACAGCAUUCAAAACCAUGCAAAAAAAGUUGACGAUGCAAAAUGGCAAAUAGCAUGGUACAAUAUUGAUAUAUUUAUCACAAUACAUGUGUUCACUGUUCAUGCAUUUUUAUUAUUCUUCGAAACUACUGGUAUCUGCUUUAAAUGGGCUUAUUAGCCCUUUGCAGAUUAUUGAUAUAGAUGUAAAACUAUUUACUAGAGCAGAAUUCUUGUUUAUUUAUUGUGACAAUUAUAAAUUAUUGUGAUGUAUUUACAAAUACAAUGUAGAAAGGUAUUCAAUGUCUGUCUCAGAGUACAUUAUGUUAAUGUUAUUAUGACACUAUGCGUAUAUAGAAGUUGUAUUUAAUUUCACUACUGACACCAGGCCCAUAGCCAGCUUACAUAAGGUUCAAAUUUGACAAUUUUGGCCCAAAAUCACUUGAAAAGUGGUCAAAAUUAUGAAAAUCACUUGAAAA